CGUCCAGGAAGUCAGGCUGUUGCUGUAAUGAGUUCAUUCAUUCAUUCAGUACAUUUCUGCAUGUAGUGUGAAUAUUACAACACUUGGUAAUAAGUUCAUCUAUUCAGAAUGCGCAGGAGAGCUGAAGCUCCGUCAUCAGGCAAUGAACCUGCCGUUGCUAAUAAUAAGGUUCCGGAUCAAACACGGCCCAGCCAAGCUAAAGUCAAAGGCAGUGUGUCUUACAGCUCCGUGCUCGUCAACAUUGGGAAGUGUUUACUUGUGAUCAUCCUCGUCCCUCCGUUCCUCAACUACGCCUCCCUUCAGAGAGAAGGACAGAUGCUCUUGCCUAAAGAUGGCCAGAUUGUUGAUGUUGGUUUGGGUCAAAAGAUGCAUCUUUUGUGUAAAGGACGAGGAAAACCAGUUGUCAUACUGGAUGCACCAACUGGAAUGUCCUCAGAUGUUUGGUUUCACGUUCAGGAGAAUGUUGCAUCGCUGACGAAGGUUUGUACAUACGACAGAAUGGGACUGGGCUUCAGCAAGCGGCUGAUGCAGAAUGAAACUACGGGAACAGAGAAGGUUUGGGACAUGUCAACGACUGGACGGAUGGUGGAUGAUCUGCACCGGCUUCUGGGGGCUGCUGGGAUAGUCGGGCCCUUCAUCCUGGUGGGCUCUGAGCUUGGCGCACUCAACAGCAGAUUCUACACCCACAUUCAUGAUGUGCAAGUGUCAGACCUGGUGCUGAUUGAUCCCAUCCCAGAGGACAUUUUUGAAGAGGACAAGUGGAAGGAGUACUGGUAUGGUAAGGUGGUGCCGUCAUUCCAAGCCAAGCAGUUUUCAGCAGCCACGGGGCUGAGCCGCAUGCUGAUCAUACUGGGGGCCAUUGAACCGACUGUGAAAGGCGAGGAUGUCUCAGAAGAGGUCAUUCAGCGACAGAAAUACCUACAAAGUAACCCUGCGCACCAAAGUGCUGCUGUCGAUGAGCAUUACUUUCUGAAUGAAAGUGCAGCUCAAGUAAGGGACAUAACAAAGUUUAAGCCCCUCUCCAGCAGGACAUCAGUGAGCAUGCUCACGGGGGACUCCUUUGACAUGCAAAUGCCAGAACACCUAAACCGAAUGGUAGCGAAGCUUCAAAAGAGGUUUCUGGAGGAAUCCUACCCGUCGGCCAAUCACAUUCACAUAAAAGGAGCAGACCGGCGAAUGAUCUACAAGAAGCCAUCUGCCAUCAGCCAGCACCUGAGGAAGCUAGUCAACCAACGACAAGCCAAGCCUCAGAGCGAGUGACCCGUGUCCAAAAUGUAACUACACUCCAGACAUGAAUGGAGUAAUAAGACAAUCAAGUUACUUUUUUUUUUUUUUUUAAACAUUUCUUUGCAGCAAUCUGGAGCGAUUGUCUACACGUCUGCUAAGGUUCAUCAAGCAGUCAAUUUCAGAACACACUUUUUUGCAGAGCUCUGCUUCAUUGGAAGCUUUUUAAUUGAAGAUAACUGGAGGGUAUUCAAUGUGAUGAAGUAUUUCCUGUCUUAGAUUCAUCUUAUCUUUCAAGUUGUUAUUUCAGGCUCUUCACCUGAUUGGCCAGUACCAAAAAAAUUAAUACAUUAUUCCUUAUCAAUGCAAAGGCCACACACACGUCACCGCUCAACCGGAUACAUUUUUUUUAUCUCACUUGGUUCUGUCUUAAUAUUCUGCCAUGUUAUAGCCACAAGGGAAGGUACAUGGAGUCCUCUUGCGCUGUUGCAUCACUUCAUUUUUUUACUCGCAUAUAGCUGAUCUCCUGUUUUUUGGACUUUUUUUUUUAAAACUGCAAAUCUUUUUCAAAAAUAAAUCUUUAUAUAUAUGUGUGCGUGGGGGGGCUUUUUUUUAAUAACACUGCAGUGAUCUUAGUUUUUGGUAUAGAUUCAUGUGAAAGAAACACCAGAAAGCACUGGUUUAUCCUGAGGAUUUAAGUUUAAUUAUGACACCACAUCAAAAUAAAAAUUUCCAACAGAUCUGGAAUUUAAUUCCAUCCAUAUACAUGCAUAGCAACAACGUUUUAAGAAACAUUUUCUCCCAUAAUCAGGACAUUGGAAUGAUCAUUUUACAUCAGUA